CGCGGACGGUGGAUAAAUGCUCGUCCGUGUGGCACCUGUUGCGUUCAAAGGGAAAACCGGGAGGACGAUGUGCUCAGUCUUUCUGCUCGGGGAGUCUUUCAACAAACAGCUAAACGACUUUUACCACAUCCCGAGUGAGCACACACACACACACACACACACCGACACGCAGGCACGCGCGAUCUCACCGCGUGAGACGGGAAAUAACGAGUUUCUAGGUCACGCGAUCUGAGUGACGCUACGUCCAGCCUUUAAGAUGCGCCUGAGACGUAGGGUCUCCCCGCUGAAGCUGGCCAUGCUGGGCGGUGCUCUGUUCAUGCUGGUCCUCGUGGUGCUACAGAGAGAUGUGGGUGGAGGUGUUCAAGAGCCCUGGUUCCAGGACUUAUCUAACCGCAAGGAACAGAUGCUGGAGUUAGUCCGCGGUGCCAUGAACAACCUGCCCUUCCAGAUUCCGGGCCAACCUGGGACUGCACACCUACCUUUAGAAGACAACAUGGAUAAAAACUGCCCCUCAGGCUUCUACAGCCAGGCUGAUCUCAAACCUCUGAUCGAGAGGCCACUGGAGGAUCCAAAUAGCCAUGGCGCCGGAGGGAGCGCGUUCCAGGAGGACAAUCUCACUCCGGAUGAAGUGAAGGAGAAGGAAGAGGGCAUGACCAGGCACUGCUUUAACCAGUUCGCUAGUGAUCGGAUCUCCCUGCACCGCAGCCUUGGAGAGGACACCCGGCCUCCAGAGUGUGUAGACCGCAAAUUCCUCCGAUGUCCCCCGCUUCCCACCACCAGCGUGAUCAUCGUGUUCCACAACGAGGCCUGGUCCACCCUGCUGCGCACCGUCUACAGCGUACUACACACCGCCCCGGCCGCCCUGCUGCGAGAAAUCAUACUGGUGGAUGACGCAAGCACAGCAGGUCACCUGCAUUCUCAGCUGGACGAGUACAUAAAGAUGCUGAAGGUGGUUAAAGUCGUGCGACAGAAGGAGAGGAAGGGACUCAUCACGGCCCGGCUGCUGGGAGCCAGUCACGCUCAGGGCGAGAUCCUCACCUUCCUCGAUGCUCACUGCGAAUGUUUUCAUGGCUGGCUUGAACCGCUGCUCGCUCGUAUCGUGGAAGAGCCGAAGGCUGUCGUGAGCCCGGAAAUCACCACCAUCGACUUAAACACGUUCAAGUUUAACAAGCCUGUGGCCACUGCACGCGCUCACAACCGUGGGAACUUUGAUUGGAGCCUGACGUUCGGCUGGGAGGCCAUACCUCACUACGAGCAGGCAAAGCGCAAAGAUGAGACCUACCCUGUCAAAACACCAGCCUUUGCUGGCGGUUUGUUCUCCAUUUCCAAAGCCUAUUUCGAGGAAAUCGGAACCUAUGACGACAAAAUGGAGAUCUGGGGCGGCGAGAACAUAGAGAUGUCCUUUCGGGUGUGGCAAUGUGGAGGUCAGCUGGAGAUCAUCCCCUGCUCCGUGGUCGGUCACGUCUUCCGCACCAAAAGUCCGCACACUUUCCCCAAAGGGACCGAAGUCAUCGUGCGUAACCAGGUCCGCUUGGCUGAGGUGUGGAUGGAUGAUUUUAAACAAAUCUAUUACCGCCGCAACCGGAAUGCAGCCAGGAUUGCCAAAGAGAACCGCUAUGGUGAUAUCACAAAUAGGCUGACACUCCGGGAAAAUUUACGCUGCAAGAACUUUACCUGGUAUUUGAACAACGUCUACCCAGAAGCCUUUAUUCCCGAUCUUAACCCUGUUAAAUACGGAGCACUCAAAAACUUGGGGUCUCAGAGCUGUCUGGAUGUAGGGGAGAAUAAUAACGGGGGAAAGCCUUUGAUUAUGUAUGUAUGCCACAAUAUGGGAGGAAAUCAGUACUUUGAGUACUCAUCACACCAGGAGCUCAGGCAUAACUUGGGCAAACAGCUAUGUCUGCAUGCCAACGCAUACCCUGAUCAAGUGAAGAUCGAGCUGUGCCAGCUGAAGGGUCGUGGCACCAGCGUCGCACCUCAGCAGGAGUGGAUCUUCACUAAGGACAAUUUAUUAAAAAACCCUCCCUCUGGGAAGUGCCUGGACUUGAAGAACGACAAGGUAGUCAUGAACCGCUGUGACUCAAGAGACCUGAAUCAGCACUGGGUGUUCAGCUGAUCUCCGUCUCUGCUGAAAUGUAUUGGAAGUCACACUAAUCCAGCCAGAAGUCGUGUGCUUUGAAGCGCACUGGAGCUCACUCCUGGCCCAUUUGUGUGAAACGAUAGCAUGUUGGGUCAUUUAUUUCCAUUCAAUGGACCAAACUUUUUUUAAAAAACAAAACAACAAACAAAACCAAACUACAAUGAAUGUCAUAUGACUCAGGAAUGCAAGCGGAGGCACCGUCUCUAAAAACGGAUGAACUGUGGGACAGAACGAUCUGACUGCAGUAUUGUUUACAUGCGCUCAACAAACGUGUGCUUUUCAGCCUUUGCGUUUCAGCCUUCAAACUGCUACUUUUAAAGAUUUUAUUUAUGUUUUAAAAAGUGUCUAAGUAUUUUUAUUUUUCGAUUUUAUUUGAAGGCACAUGAGACCGCCUUUAUUUUGCCAAUAAGACAUGGUACAUGUUAUUUUUGUCAUAAAAAUCAUUCCGUUGUCCUGCUACAAGCCAAACUCCAGUGGGGUUUUUCAUCAUGAAAGAUAUAUAUAUAUAUUUUUUUGGUUUAGUUAAGUCAGAGAUCAUGGUACUCUAGUCUUACUGAACAUCCUAAAAUGUGCAGCUUAAGUUAUAAGACUCUCGACGAUCAGGAUUGUGAAACAGCUUCGAGACUAUGAAGUGAAAACAUGAAAUGAACACCUUUUGUCCUUGUUCUAAUUAAAGCUUUCUUGUGACUUUUCA